AUGCCGAAACGAGCAGAUUCCUUUAGUUUCCUUGUCUUGUUUUUGACUUCAGUCUCAGCAGCAAUACAUGAUCCUCAAAGUAAACAAGUGUAUGUUGUGUACAUGGGCUCACUUCCGUCUCGACUGGAAUACACACCAAUGUCACAUCAUAUGAGUAUUCUUCAAGAAGUCACCGGCGAAAGUUCGAUCGAAAGUCGUUUGGUGACAAGUUACAAGAGGAGUUUCAAUGGGUUCGCAGCCCGGCUCACUAGGUCAGAACGAGAAAGAGUAGCCGGAAUGGAGGGAGUUGUGUCUGUGUUCCCGAGCAAGAAGUUACAACUCCAAACGACGGCGUCUUGGGAUUUCAUGGGGAUGAAGGAAGGAAAGAAUACAAAGCGAAACUUGGCCAAAGAAAGUGAUAUUAUCAUCGGUGUCAUCGACACUGGGAUUUGGCCGGAAUCCGAGAGCUUUUCCGACAAUGGCUUUGGUCCUCCUCCCAAAAAAUGGAAAGGUGUUUGUUCCGGUGGCCAAAACUUCACUUGCAACAAUAAGUUGAUCGGAGCAAGAGACUACACAAGGGAAGGCGUCAGGGACAGCCAAGGACACGGUACACACACAUCGUCCACAGCAGCCGGAAACGCAGUUCCUGACACAAGCUUCUUUGGAAUAGGCAAUGGAACGGCAAGAGGCGGCGUUCCAGGAUCUAAAAUCGCUGCUUACAAAGUCUGCUCCGAGACAGAUUGUACCUCGGCAGCUGUACUGUCUGCCUUUGAUGACGCGAUCGCAGACGGUGUUGACCUUAUCAGCAUCUCUGUCGCGGGAAACUCUCCCCGCAAGUACGAAAAGGACACGAUUGCGAUCGGUGCUUUUCACGCUAUGGCUAAAGGGAUUCUCACUGUACACUCAGCAGGUAAUUAUCCGAGUCCGGGCAGAAUCGUGAGUGUAGCGCCGUGGAUCUUAACAGUUGGAGCCAGCACCACAAACCGUGAGUUUAUCACCAGAGUUGUUUUCGGAAACGGCAAGACACUUGUCGGGAGAUCAGUGAAUGCUUUUGAUCUGCAAGGAAAGAUGUAUCCUCUUGUGUACGGUGAAGCUUUCAACGAGUCUCUGGUGAAAGGAAAGAUCUUGGUUUCCAUAUUUCCGACUAGUUCAGAAGUAGCUGUUGCAUCCAUAGUUAGAGACGACUACCAAUACUAUUCAUCAGUUAGCUCCAAGCCCUCCUCUCUUCUACCACCAGACGAAUUCGACUCUCUCGUCUCUUACAUUAACGCCACAAAGUCCCCGUUAGGCUCUGUUCUAAAAACUGAGGCAAUCUUUAAUCAAACAGCUCCUACAAUUUCUUCCUUCUCUGCUCGCGGUCCAAACACUAUUGCAGCUGAUCUUCUAAAGCCAGAUGUAACAGCUCCAGGAGUGGAGAUUCUCGCUGCAUAUUCACCUUUGGCUUCACCAUCUUCCGAAGGGAUCGACAAAAGACAUGUGAAGUACUCUGUUUUGUCCGGAACUUCUAUGGCUUGUCCACACGUUACAGGCGUGGCUGCAUACGUCAAGACUUUUCAUCCUGAAUGGUCUCCUUCUAUGAUCCAAUCUGCUAUCAUGACAACUACUUGGCCAAUGAAUGCUAAUAGAACUGUCUUGGCAUCAACGGAUAACCUUGCAGCAACCGAGUUUGCUUCAGGAGCUGGACAUGUCAACCCAAUAGCCGCUAUAAAUCCUGGACUUGUCUACGAACUGGAAAAGUCGGACCACAUCGCCUUUCUCUGCGGCUUGAAUUACACUUCGAAAACCCUAGAACUCAUCGCAGGUGAAGCCGUCACUUGCAGUGGAGAGACCUUACCAAGAAACCUCAACUAUCCUUCAAUGGCAGCUAAAAUUUAUGAAACUAAUAGCUCCUUCACCGUGACUUUCAAAAGAACCGUCACAAACCUCGGUAUCCCCAACUCUACAUACAAAUCAAAGAUCGACUUAAAUCGCGGAUCUAAGCUCAACGUCGAGGUCUCGCCUAGUGUUCUUUCUUUCAGAAGGGUGAACGAGAAACAGUCUUUCACAGUAACGGGUUCAGGAAACAAUCUCAACCGAAAACAACCUUCAUCUGCAAAUCUAAUGUGGUUUGAUGGAACGCAUAAUGUGAGAAGUGUCGUUGUUGUCUACACUGAUGAUUACUGGUGAGGCAUCACCAUAGAUCUUUAAAUAAAAUCAGUUUAAGCCUUCUUUUUA